CACUUUCCCAGCUAACGUUACACGUUGAUUUUCUCGUGUUAGAACUAUCCAUUGGCAAUAUCUACGAAUUUUCCACUGUUCGGUAAAUCUUUCUAUGCACAGUCAACGGAUCUGCCCAGUGAAACCGCCGGCAACCUCUACAUGAAGUUGGGCGUCUCUAAUACAUGCAGCCAGACGGAGCAAUCCUUAAAUCGUUCUAGGUUCUCUGCGCCCUAAUUCGAGCUUUAGUCCAAUACUAUCGGAACCACCCGUUCUCUAUUGACAAUAAGAGCAUCGUGAACAGCCCGAAUUUAGUCACGGAAUACUCUCAACCCUUCGUAAACAGAUAUUCCAACAAUUAUGCAGUCAGCAACCACGACAGACCGAGACUCUUUGACAUCAAGAAUCCUGCCUCAAAUGACCCUAAGCAAAGGUGAUGAAACAUCUUCAACUGGUCCACCUGCACUUCCAUCCGACAACCUCAGUGCUGAGAAAAGCGCCGCAAAGAGGUUUGAAGUGGAAGGAAACGCCAUAAUAACUGGCGGAGGAGGGGCCCUUGGAUUCGCAGCGUUGAAGGCUCUCUUGGAACAUGGUCUCUCGGGUGUCAUGAUUUUUGACGUCAACUUAACUCAAGCGCAGCCCAAAAUCGAUAAGUUGCAGAAGGAAUUUCCAGCCUGCCAAAUCCAUUCGAAACGAGUUGACAUCACUGAUGAUUUGGCAGUUGCUAAAGCAGUUGAAGAAACAGGAAAUCUCCUGGGCUCCGUGGAUCACCUUCUCUGCUUCGCUGGGGUCGUCGGCUGUCAACAUGCCCUCGAUAUGACCGCUGCUGAAUGGCGCAGGGUGCUCGAUAUCAACACGACUGGAGGAUUCCUUUGUGCCCAGGCUGUAGCAAAGCAGAUGGUUCAGCAAGGUCAUGGCGGGAGCAUUAUUUUUGUAGCUUCGAUUUCUGGCCACCGAGUCAAUUGGCCCCAGCCACAAGUAGCUUACAACGUGAGCAAAAGUGCUUUGUUGACAUUGAAGAGUUGUUUGGCGGCCGAAUGGGCAAGGUACGGAAUCAGAGUUAAUUCGCUCUCCCCGGGGUAUAUGGACACGAUAUUGAAUGAAGGAGAGGGAAUUGCAGAGGCACGAAAGAUAUGGGCAGAUAGGAACCCUUUGGGGAGAAUGGGAACGCCGAAUGAGCUGACAGGUACCGUUGUGUUGCUCUCGAGCAUGCAAGCUACAUACAUCAACGGAACGGAUAUUGUUGUGGAUGGAGGUCAGAUACUUUUCUGACGGUGACGAGUGAUGACGAG